AUGUUGCCACCAAAGACAGAAUAUGCUGCUUAUUUGGCGUUCAAGUUUGUAAAUGUGUGCAGCAAUAACCUUCCAUCUACUAAAUCAAAUAUUUGGUUUGUUAAUUAUGAGAGUGAAAUUGAUGCUGAAAAUCAGGCCAACACUGUGCACCUUCCAAGAUUGCAAGAAAGUGGGGGUAUCCCAAAAAUGAGAGGAGAUGGAUGUAUGGAAGUAAAAUUGGGAUAUUUUGAUAGCAAGAAAGACACUGACGGUCCUAUUGAAGCAAAAUUGUUUGAGAAGAAUCACUUUUACAAAAUUGGACUCAUUGUUGAAGGAGUUGAGUUUCGUCCAAAAUUAGAAGUGGAUAUGGGAAUUUAA